CCCCCGAGACGUCUCGUCACGUAAUUUACUACGCCCUCACAUCACCCCUCGUCCUUGUCAUCUACCUCCACCCACCUCAGGCAGAGGCAAGGCAAACACAGGUCUCUGUUCUUCGCCGCCCAAGGAGAAUCCACCAGACGGACCAAGGCGGACGAAGAACCCCCUCGCCGUAGAGCUGGUCGACGGCGGCGAGGCUUGUCCUUCUCCGUCAGUCUGGCAGGGUAACAUCCCAAGUAGGGCAAGAGGUUUUUCAUUCAAGGGUGGAUUAGUCGUAGAGGGCGAAGAUGUCUGACUUAUUUAGCGGGAUCCAAGCAGCUAUGGUUAUCAAUCGAGUAGAGAAUAGUGAGCAGUCACCUGAAGAUUGGAACAGCGACUGUGAUGGAUCCGGUGGUUCAACAGGUUUGACUGGCACCCCGUGCUUCACGUCCAGGUUUUCUUUGCUAAAAGUUGGAUCGGUCAUAGGCCAGUUUAGUGAUUUUAAGCGGCAGUUAGUCAGGGAAACCGGUUUUGAUGGAAUGUUAGAGCUUAAAUCAUGGCAGAAGAUCAGCCUUAAGUACAUCGCGUACCUAAUGGACAGAGUUGAUGUAGAUUCCAGCAUAAUAAAUCUAGAGGGCCAAGGUGUUCUUGAAUUAUGUGACCAGCACCUGAACUAUGUCUUUGGCAUCCCAUGUGGAAAUUCAGUCAUACAAGGUGAAGGCAUAGAGCCGUCUGAAGCAUGUAUUGAGUACACGCGUGUGGCUGCAUCAUUUAGCGAGAGAGGCACGCACAGUCUUAAAGCAGCUGAGGCGUACUUAAUUCGAGACAUAACAGAAUCAUCCCCUCAAAUAGAGCAGGGCUGUUUCAAAAUUGCUUUUGUUAUUUUUGUAGUCGGUCAUGUGCUUGCCCCCACUGCUAAGCACGAUUACAUAUCCAUAGACUUCUGGGCUGCACUGAGUGAUAUCAGCAAGAUAAAGGAUUGGAAUUGGGGAGGAUAUGUACUCAAGAAUCUGUUCCAAGCUGUUAAGAAGUUCAAUGCAGAUGUGUCCAAGAGAAACCCAACCGUCCACAUAGUUGGUUGUCAUCUGUUCCUGCAGCUUUUCGUACUAGACAGCCUUGAUCUCGGUGUUCUAAACAUGCUGCGAGACGUGACGCUGCGGAUAGGUCUGUACGAAUAUGAUUUGAUGAAGAAGAUGGUGGACAAAAUUACAGUUAAUGUUGGCGCCAGUGAAGUUUCCUACCACGGUGCAAUGGUACGGACCGAGCUGUCAGUGAGCAAUCUUAUUGGCUUCCCUUCUAAGGAAACUUUCACAGUGAAAGCAGCAAAGCCGGCGCCCAGAAGGGCAAAUGCCACAUGCGCGCCGAUGUUGCGAAGUAGUUAUACCAAAACCGGGCCGCAGGAGUUUUCAAAUUACAUACGAACACGGUACCCAAGCAUUUCAGCGGAGAAGCUUGGUAUACUUCUGCGGGAGCAGAACGCCCGUGGCCUAGCAAGCAUAUCAGAAAUGCGUCAAGUGUUCCAGUCCAAUAUGUUUACUUUCACAGACAAGCUUAUGGCAUGCUUAGCAGAUAGUUGCACUUGUUGCAAGGCACAUGGGAACAAAAAGUGCAUCUUGGAAAAGGACGGCACAAACACUUGUGAUGCACCGCCUCAUGUACCAACUCACCAAACUCAAUUCAGCACCCCAUUAGUCAGCAAGAUAGGUCCUCGACUACCAGCACCAGGCAACCCUGUAGGUUGUCUAUCUGCCAAUAGUUCCGCGGCUAGGAAAAGGGAUGGAAGUUUAUCAUCAAGCGUACAGUCGGGCACAGCAAAGAAAACAUGUUCACGUGAGGCGCAGAACGUCCUCGCCGCAACACCAACAUAUGGGCAAGAACCACUCAACCAAAUUGCCAUAUCCCAGGAUGCAAGCCUCAAUGAAAUUGCAAGCAAGAUCGUUGCAUUUUACGACAACCUUACAGCCAUCUUGGUUACUUACUAUGCUGAGAUGCGGCCAGCCCCCGGGUUCAUAUUGUUUGGAUCAACCACCGAUGGAGCACAUGUGAAGAUCGAUCUACCUCAAUGCAAUUUUGGAAGAGAUCCGUGGGUAGCUGGAUCAGUCCCAGUACCACCAAAUCCAACUGUACUCAGGGCCAUAAGAGACUAGAUGACUGUAGCCUCGAUGCUAAACCUUGAGAGGAAAGAACGCAUCCCCUGUGCAUUAAAGAUUUUACUGAAUGCUCACAAGCAUUUUUCGUCUUCUCAUUUAGUAACUGCAUCUUUCCAAUCAAAUCGCUGCAGGAAAUGGAUCAUGCAUCCUAAGCCAAGACUCAUAGCAUUAGAGGGGGUUGAAAUCCAACGUCAACUUGCAUCUAACGAUGCAAUGACCCAUGAGAUGGCUACAACUAUUUUCCGCGGGCUUGGCCAGAUUGACUCGUUUUUCUCAAAGGACACUCCUGGACUGAUAUGGAGGAAAUUCCUCGAGCCUGACUUUGCUACAACUGUUUUGGCGAAUGCCGACCCAUUGACUGUACACUCAAUUAGGGCUAGCUUCCAAGAAGGAACAGCAUCCUGCAAUCCAGCUUCGUGCCGAAUGUGGUACAUCCCGACGAUACUACCUGAUUGUUGGACUGUAUAUGCAUUUGAUAUGCUGCGGAAAAGAAUCAUCGUAUUCGACCCAACAGUUGGGCCAUUUGGGUAUAGCAAUCGGCGAGUCAGCAUGCAUGAAUUUGUUAGCAACAAACUGCAUGCCGCGUUGUUCACAUGCCUCCAGAAUUUUUUCAGCUCUUGGCAUUGUGAAUCAAGCCACUGGGGGCGCACUUUUCGGAUCAUAAUGAGGGAAAACAUUGAGAAAGAGCAGACCGGGCUGUGCGCCACCUUUUUUGCAUGGAAUUAUGACGGCGACAAACUGUAGACACCACUGAACAAAGACACGCUCGCAUCACAUAGCAGCUUGAUGAUCUACGAACUAAUGAGGAUGCAAGGCAACCAAACUCCAGUGGCAAACGACGCCCUUGAAGCUGUCAAAGGAUCGUUCAUUGCUCUUUAGAAAAACUUACCUUUCUUUGAACGUCCCUAACUAUUGGAAAAACCUCUCUAUCUGGUUUGUAACAAUCAUUUAGGACAGACCUGGAUCAAAACUAUGUCUGAUUAUCGACUCCCUCUUAUUGUA